AUGCUGCAGCGUCAACAAGUGCAUUAUGGGAUAUAUGUUGUAGAAAUGGACUUACCCGUGCAGUUCAACAGAGGUCUUUUAGCCAAUGCAGGUUUCCUUACAGCAAGGAGUAUAGGCAAUUACUCGUGCUACAUCGUACAUGACGUUGAUCUCGUGCCGAUUAAUGACCGUAACUUAUACAAAUGUAGCAAAGCUGCUCCAACACAUCUAGUGACCCGGAAUUCGGCAUUUAAAAGUGGAAAACUUCCGUACGACAGGUAUGUUGGUGGGGUAAUAGCAAUCAGUACAGUACAAUACGAAGAACUAAAAUGUUUUUCUAACCUCUAUAUCGGAUGGGGAGGGGUAGACGACGACAUUUAUAAACGGAUGGUUGCCAGGAAUAUGACUCUUCAACGAACCCCGGAGCACAUCGGAUUAUACAUGACUUUCAAACACACGCAAGACUCAUCAAACCCGCCGAAUCCGUUCAAAGAAGUUCUUAUCAGACAAGCCGCUAAUAGAAUUAAAAAGAAAUGGAUUAUCCUCAAUGGUAUACAACCGCAAUUCACUGGAAUUUCGACCGCUCUACACAUGGAGAGAUAG